AUGCAUUACAUUCACGACGAAUUAUUAUCACAAGAUUCUUUAUCAUCUUCAUCUAGCUUCUCUUCAUCAAAUUCAUCGGACGAUCAAUUUUCAACAUUACCAGUAUCACCCUACACUUUACAUCAAGUACUUUCAAAUCCAAAAUUAUUAUGUGCAUUUGAAUGCUUCCUCAGACAAACAUGGUCGCAUGAGAGUUUAUUAUUUAUAGAAGCAAUCUCGCAAUUAAAACAUGAAGACGAUCAAAAAGCUGUUGAAAAUACACUUCAUAGAAUUUAUAAGACUUUCUUGGCACGCGGAUCACCAUUAGAAUUAAAUGUCACAACACAGGACCAAGUUAGAGAAGACAUCCGAUCAUUGCAGUGGGCAAUUGUUGAUCGUAUCGAUGCUGUCACUAUUUUAGAAGAGACGGAAACACAAGUUCUUGACAUGCUGAAAGUCAAGUUGGCGGAAUUUAUUAGUACUAUGGAUCUCCCAAUGGGUGAAAUUGUUAGCCCUACUCUCAUUCAAAAGCAACAAGUCAGCGUUGUUAUUAUUGGUGGUGGUUUCACGGGUUUCACUGUUGCUUCAAUUCUUGACCAGAUGCCACGUUUCUAUGUUACAUUAAUUGAUACUAAAGGUAGCUUUUUCUAUAUCCAUUCUCAAAUCAGAAUGUUAUUAACUCGAUUGUUCUUAAUAGACUCAUUUGAAUACACCCCCGGUAUCGUGAAAAAAAUCAUCAACCCUGAUCAGACCAGCUCCCUUCGUGUACGUCAUGAUGCAUAUGUAAAAAACGGAAAGGUCGUAAUUGGCUAUGCCGAAGACCUCGACCAAGGAAAAUCUGUCUCUGUAAAUGGCGAAGUGAUUGGUUUCGAUUACUUGGUUGUCGCUACUGGCAGUGCAUACUCUUCUCAGCUCAAAUCUACGGAUACUUCCUCAUUGUAUCGUAUGUCCGGAUUAGAGGAGUCUUAUUUCGAGCUUUUAAAGGCUCGUCGUGUUCUCAUUAUUGGUGGUGGCCUCGUCGGUUGUGAAUUGGCUUCCGAGAUCUCUCAACAUCAAUUUCCUGGUGCCUAUCCCAAGAAGCAUGUUACGCUUGUUGACUCACAUGCUAAUGUUGUUAACAGAAGUGAUUCCCGUCAACAAAACAUGGCUACCAAGUAUCUUCACGAUCUCGGCGUUGAAGUUGUUUGCAAUGAAAAGAUCUUAGACUUUGACUCUACCUGCGCAAACGUAUACGUCGGUUCGAGUGGCCGUGUGUAUACCGGAUAUGAUAAGGUCUUUGUUGCUACCGGCACUCGUCCCAACAGUACUCUCUUUACUUCCGGAUCCACUGAUAGUUCUCUUGAAAACUGUAUUGAUGCUUGGGGUCGUAUAAAGGUCAAGUCUACUCUCCAAAUUGAUCACUGGAAGUACAAGAACAUUUUCGCCGGUGGUGAUGUAACCAAUGUGGUCGAGGAAAAAACCGGCUAUGCUGCUACUAUUUCCGGCGUUUGUAUUGCUCGCAAUAUCUGUCGUCUCGUAAAGGGAAAAUCCCCACUUAAGCAGGGUACCAAGGGUACUUUACCUGCACCUGACAAACCUUUACAUGGUAUGCUUGAAAACGGUGGUAUCGGAAAACAGAACCUUAAUACAAUCAAAAAGAAGUUCUCGUUCUUAAACCCUUCUUGGGCCGCUUUAAAGUACUUUGAUGAACAGCAGUUUUUGAGAAUCGUACAAGGUCAGGGAUCUAUAAAUUCAUCUCAGGUGCUCGGCCGACUUCCUAGAAGACUUAAUUUACCUUCCGAUCCUCUUAAUGAUGUUCGUCCUCCCCAACUUCAACAUUCUCGUUCAAAGUCCCAAACUACUAUUCAACCAGCUGGCUCUGUUUCUUAUAGUACAAUUAGUUCCAGAGUUUCUAAUAUCUCCCGCCAAACUAGUUUUACUAGUACGACCACGACAAGCACAAGACAAAGAAGUCCCAGUCAAUCUCAGAGCAAGCCCCAUCACUAUGAAAAAACCAAUGUGCGCUUAGAUACAUUAAAACAACGAAACAGCAGCAGCAGUAGUGGCAGUGGUAGCAGCCAUGCUAAAUCUGUAGCUUCUUCUAGUAUUAUGAAGAACCGUUAUGCUCAACAAAAUAAUAGUUUGUUAAGUCGCAGCAAUAGUAGUGCCGGCACCGUUGCAUCCGAAAGUAACACUCCAGCCACCACCACUUCUAUCGAAGGACUUUUGUUUGAACAUUUUACUUAUGGCGGCGAAGACAUUCAACUAUUUGAAAAGAUCAGUCCACCCACUUCUUCUUGUAGCAGCCCUGGUCCUGUGUCCACUAAAGAUUCAUUGAAACAACGCGAAUUGAAUUUGAUGUCCUAUGAUAAAGACUUUCAAUUGUCCCCUCCUCCUCCACCAAAAAGAAGAGCUAGUUUGACUACAGGUUUUAAUGCCAUGUCUUUUUGUAACACAAAUACUCAACAAAGUGUGAAGCUUACAAGAACUCCUUCAUUCUCUUCUAUUAUCCAACAUAUCUAA